AGAACAAGUUUUGCUAUUUUGGCCAUGGAAAAAUGAAAGAGAAGAUGUAGAUACACAAGAUUGUGAAAACAUUUAUAGUAAAAAUAUUCAUGUAAUUGAAGAAAAUAGAAAUAAAUUCUCAGUAAUAGGUGACUUAGAACUUGACAAUGCCUUGGUUCAGGCACAUAAAGAUAUAGAUCAACAGACUAUAGAGGAUGAGGAGAUGGAAUCUUUCGGGAAAACAAAAAUUCGAAAAGAUGAAGAAAUAGAUAUAUUUAGUCAAACGGGUUUAGCGAAAUGCUCCAAAAACAUUAAAAGGAGUAUAAAUAGUCCACCCCAAAAAAGCAAGGAGGAAAUGAUGAGCAUAGUUUGUAAAUUAAAUGAUGAGCAAAGGGAAAUUACAAUGCAUGUUUUGCAUUGUUUUGCAAAUGGGAGUUUACCUAUUAGAUUGUACAUCAGCGGCUCAGCAGGUGUUGGAAAAAGUACAGUUUUAAAAGCGAUUUAUCGGGUGUUAUUGAAUUUCUUCGACGAUACACCCGGUGAAAAGAAAAAUUCGUUAAAAAUAUUAUUAUGUGCACCGUCGGGAAAAGCAUCAUUUCUAAUAGGUGGUACUACACUGCACAAUGCUUUUGCAUUACCAAUAACACAAUACGGAGGACAAAUGCCGGAAUUAUCAGCAGAUGUAGCAAAUACAAUUCGAGAGAACUUAUUCGAAUUAAAAUUAAUAAUUAUUGAUGAAAUAUCAAUGGUAGGUAGUACAAUGUUUAGUCGAGUCGAUACAAGAUUAAGACAAAUAAUGGGUAAUAAUAGAAGCUUUGGGGGAGUUUCUGUUAUAGUUGUCGGUGAUCUUUAUCAAUUACCACCAGUUAUGGAUAAUUCGAUAUACCUUUCCUCAAAAUCUAGCAUGUUAAGCAUUUUUUCGGAGAACAUUUUAUGGAAUGAAUUUGAUUUUUUUGAGUUGACAGAAAUAAUGAGACAAAGAGAGGAUAAACCAUUUAUUGAGGCUCUUAAUAACCUUGCAAGAGGCACAAUGUCUGAAAAUGAUAUUGCUCUUAUUAAAUCCAGAGAAACUACAGAGGAAUAUGUUCCAAAAGAUGCAAUUAGAUUAUAUGGUGAAAAUUGGAUGGUUGAUAGUUUUAACCAAAUAAAAAUUAAUUCAAUUGAUGGUGUAGCCUAUGAUUCUAUAGCCAAAGAUUCAAUUUUAGGAAAAAUAAGUAAUGUAGAAGAUGGUUUAGUUAACGGAGCGUGUGGCAAAUUGCAAAAAAUAACUUUAAAACCAGGUACAGAUGAACCAAUGAAAAUAUGGUUAGAUUUCAAUAAUGAUAGGAUUGGUGUUGGACAAAGGAGACCAUACAUAAGAACAGAUGAUAAUGUUAAACGUUUACCGAAGGGAAUAAUAUGCUUUUUAAAAAACGAGAUGAAUGGAUUAAUUGAGAAACAUAUUCAAAAAGAUGAGAUUAUAAAUGGACAACAUCGGCAUAUUGACUUGAUUCGCAUAAUCAUAAAUGAGGUUGAAAUUAUUACCGGCUAUAAGUCUCCGACAGUAACUAGAACUAUGUUUAUACACGAAUUGAGUAAUAUUUUAAGCGAGUCAAUUG